UAAAUUCCGUGAGAGUGACACAAGCAUCCAGGGAGCGCGCUUUGGAGUGGACGUCAGUCAGUGCGCGUGUCAGUCAAUCCAACCCUUCCGGACACAGAGAGCGCGCCGCGCAUCCACAUUCCCUCCCGCGAGGAGCGCUCAGCUGUCUCAUCCCGUUCUAUCUCAGCGCCUGGAAUUUUAUCUCCCCGGUGCUGUUCACACCUUUCUUCGCCAGCCCCCGGGAAUAACGGGCGACCCGUAGUGCUCUCCGUGGCGAUGGUGUCUGACAUGAUCUGACAGAGGAAGACUGCAGCGAUAGUCUCCCUGGUUAUUAUGGGCUGUGCCCACUGUAAACAGAAAAAGGCUGCAGCCAAGGCUGCUGCAGUCGAGCUGUCUGACCCAUCUCCUAGCAACAGCCCUGAUGGGGUUGUGUCUACAGCAUCGGCCAUGCCCCGUUAUCAUCCUGGCCCCACCCACCCGACAAUACCUGACUUCAACAAGCCGUUUGCUUCCGCCUGUUUUCCUAAUACUAACGCACAAACCUGCGCAGGGGGCAUCACAGGUGGCGGUGUAACUCUCUUCAUAGCAUUGUAUGACUAUGAUGCUCGUACUGAAGAUGACCUGUCCUUCCAGAAGGGAGAGAAGUUCCACAUUAUCAACAACACAGAGGGGGAUUGGUGGGAGGCCCGAUCAUUGGACACUGGGAAGUCCGGUUACGUCCCUAGUAACUAUGUAGCUCCUGUAGACUCUAUACAGGCUGAGGAUUGGUAUUUCGGGAAGAUGGGGAGGAAGGAUGCAGAGAGACAGCUCCUGGGGCUGGAGAACCCCAGAGGAACAUUCCUUAUCAGAGAGAGUGAGACCACCAAGGGUGCCUACUCUCUGUCUAUCCGGGACUGGGAUGAUGGUAAAGGUGACCACGUCAAACAUUAUAAGAUCAGGAAGCUGGACAAUGGAGGAUAUUAUAUCACAACACGCACACAGUUCGACACCGUGCAUCAACUGGUGCAGCACUACACAGAGCGAGCGGCAGGUUUGUGCUGUAGGUUGAUUGGCAGCUGUAGGCGGGGCAUGCCUAAGCUAGCCGACCUGUCGGUGAAGACCAAGGACGUGUGGGAGAUUCCCAGAGAAUCUCUCCAGCUGAUUAAGAAGCUGGGCAACGGGCAGUUUGGAGAAGUCUGGAUGGGUAGGAAGUUCUGUGUCUUUGCAUGUGUUUUCAUCUCAUUUCAUCUCCCUCCCUCUCCACUCCUACCAUCCCCCUUCCCCCUCCAACCCCUCACUCCUCUAGGCUGUAACGAUGGGCUGUGUUACUUUCUGACCACACCCUGUCCCAAUGCCACGCCCCUCACCCUGGGGCUGGGGCGGGACGCCUGGGAGGUUGCCAGGAAAACGCUGGCCCUAAACAGAAAGUUGGGCCAGGGCUGCUUCGGAGACGUCUGGAUGGGUAUGUGGAACGGCACCACCAAGGUAGCAGUGAAGACAUUGAAGCCAGGCACCAUGUCUCCAGAGGCCUUCCUAGAAGAGGCUCAGAUCAUGAAGAGACUGAGACAUGACAAGCUGGUGCAGCUGUACGCUGUGGUCUCUGAAGAACCCAUCUACAUCAUCACAGAGUUCAUGAGCCAAGGUAGCUUACUGGACUUCCUGAAGGAUGGGGAAGGAGGGAAUCUGAAGUUGCCUCAACUGGUGGAUAUGGCUGCACAGAUAGCGGCAGGCAUGGCGUAUAUAGAGCGUAUGAACUACAUCCAUCGUGAUCUGCGAGCGGCAAACAUUCUGGUCGGGGAAAAUCUGGUGUGCAAGAUCGCUGACUUUGGUCUGGCCAGACUCAUAGAGGACAAUGAGUACACAGCCAGACAAGGAGCCAAGUUCCCCAUCAAGUGGACAGCUCCUGAAGCAGCUCUAUAUGGGCGCUUCACCAUCAAGUCUGAUGUGUGGAGCUUUGGUAUCCUGCUCACUGAACUCAUCACAAAAGGACGCGUGCCUUACCCAGGUAUGAAUAACCGCGAGGUCCUGGAGCAGGUGGAGAGAGGCUACAGGAUGCCCUGUGCGGUGGGUUGUCCUGCCUCCCUCCAUGAGCUGAUGGUGCAGUGUUGGCGGAGAGAGGCGGACGAGAGACACACCUUUGAAUACCUGCAGGGCUUCCUGGAAGACUACUUCACUGCUACUGAACCCCAGUACCAGCCUGGAGAGAACCUGUGACCACGCACAUGCACACAGACACAAGUGUACACACACACACACAACCUAUACAUACUGUAAGCCUUAUCUACUAUAUGUUGCUGUCUGUCAGGGCAGAGCAAUCAAACACGAGCCAGAAUUCUUCCUCUCCUCCUAUCUGUGCUCGGCUGCCCAGACCAGCAGAGGAAAUGGGACUGUUGUCAGUGUACUAUGCCUUAAUAGCUUUACUGGGGGGGGUUUAAGGUUAGGGUUAGAUGGGGUUAGGGGUCAAGGUUUGUGGGGCUGUAGGGGACCAGUUUGUGCCUAAAAUCUUUACUUGUGUAAGAUGAUGAUGGUGAUGACUUCACUCCAAUGCUUUUUACUCUCUAAGCAUCUUUCAUGACGUCAAAGUGGAUUUUUUCUGUAACCUUUCUUAAACCUGAUAUUGACAACCCUGUUUUUAAUUUUUUUUAUUUAAUGCUUGUAUAUCUACUGUUUGUAUCUUAGCUAACACAUGGGGUUUGUUCAACAGGGUGCAACGUUUCAGAAUGUUCAGAUAGAUAAUCAUAUAUGUUCUAUACAGUAUAUUUUUAUCAGGUAGAAUAGUUGUUUGUACCAGCUCUAUUCGUACAAUUUCUAUGUGCUAUGUUCUGACUAUUUCACCUCUCUGAAUCCACGUAUGUUCUGUAUACAGCCUUCUGCCAAUGGGAGGGCCAGGCAAAGGGUCAAAUGAAUGCACAGAGGUCGGAGUUGGGACCGUGAGCAGGAGUGUGGGUUUUUAUGAUGAUUUUAACUUUUCUGUUGUUUCAGAUGUUUCUGUGCCUGUGGUAAAGUUAUUUUCCACAAUACACGUGUGUCUUGCUUUCUUAGUUUCUAGGUCUAGCCUUCAAACACAUAUUUCUUUACUCACAGACACAUGAACACACACAUUUUGACUGUCUAGUUUGGUCAGUCUACUUCAAAUUGGUUCCCUCCUGUGGUAAGUCUGUCUGCUGUUUUAUCUGUGUGAGCACCCAGCACUGUUCAUUAUAACAUAAUUAGAGCAGAAAAAAUAAAUGUUUUGUCAUACCCAUGG